AUGAACCCAUCCGCAGCAUUCCCGAAGGCCGCGGGCCUCCCCGUGCGCCUGCUGCGGGCACCGUCGACAUGCUCGACACAAGCCGGACAACAUGUCUGUUCUGCGAAUCAGAACCGAGGAUAUCAUGCGACAGCCACCGAGUCUCCUGCAAGACGAUUGCGAGAGGGUGUUUAUAAGAAGAAAUCGUUCAUGGCACCCUCGGUUAGAAUUUUCCACACUACAUCCCCCCUCUCGGCGAUUCCCGAUCCCUAUAAAGUCCUCGGCGUGGACAAAGGUGCCUCCGCCAGUGACAUCAAGAAGGCAUACUACGGCAUGGCCAAGAAAUACCACCCGGACACGAACAAAGAUGCCAAUGCCAAGGAAAAAUUUAACGAAGCGCAAUCUGCCUAUGAACUGUUAUCCGAUGCGAAGAAGCGCGAGAACUACGAUCGAUUUGGCUCCGCAGCCUUCGACCAGAAUGGUGGAUUCGACCCUAAUGCCGGCGGUAACCCCUUCGCUGGGGCUGGUGGAUUCGGUGGAUUCGGUGGCGGUGGAUUUGGAGGCGGCCCAUUCGGUGGAGGCUUUGCGCAAGAUAUCAAUUUUGAGGAUCUCUUCGGUGCUUUUGCCGGAGGUGCUCGCCGCGGUGCGCGUGGGCGGCGCAAUCCCUUCCAAGAGCAAAUUCUGGUCGGUGAGGAUAUCGAAGUACAGAACAACAUCUCAUUCAUGGAGGCCGCCAAGGGAACGUCCAAAGAGAUCAAAACCACUCCUCUGACCCAGUGCGGAACCUGCAAGGGCGAUGGGCUGAAGUCUGGCGCGAAGCGAUCCCAGUGCAAACAAUGCAAUGGCUCCGGAACCCGUGUUCACUUCAUGCAGGGUGGUUUCCAGGUUGCUGCGACUUGCGACGCCUGUGGAGGCAUUGGUAUGAUCGUUCCCCGUGGGUCUGAGUGUGGCGGAUGUCAUGGAAACGGUGUCGUUCGGGAGAGCAAGACGAUCAAGGUGGAUAUCCCUGCUGGUGUCGAGGAUGGUAUGCGGAUGCGAGUCAGCGGGGAGGGUGAUGCGCCACCUACUGGAACGUCCGCUGCCGCCGGUGCUCGGACUCAACGGGGUGAUCUCUAUGUCACUAUUCGGGUUGCUCCCGACUCUCGCUUCAGCCGCAACGGAUCCGAUAUCCUUUACACCGCCACCCUCCCGCUUACCACCGCUCUUCUUGGUGGUGAGGUGACGAUUCCCACCCUCGAUAACGAAGUUAAGGUCAAGGUGGCCACUGGUACCGGCACUGGUGAUCGAAUCACCUUGUCCGGCAUGGGUAUGAAGAAGCUUGGUGGCCGGGGCGGCCGCUUCAGUCCCACGGGCGACCUAAAGGUUGAAUUCAAGGUUGCCAUGCCGAAGUACCUGACCGGCAACCAGCGGACUAUCUUGGAGGUCCUUGCGGAUGAGAUGAACGACAAGACGGCUCGACGGACUAUGAAUUUCACCAAGGAGAGCCCUCCAUCAUCUUCCGAAUCCACCGGCAGCGAGCACAAGAACGAAGGAUUCCUCAAAUCUGUCUGGCAAAAACUGACGGAAAAGAACUGUGAUUCUUCGAAGCCCGAGGCCAAGGAUGCCAAGGAUAGCAAGGAUGCUGGCAAGACCGAUGCCAGCAAGGACGACUCGAAGAAGUCGAGCUAA